CAAAGGUCUUAAAGAUUCCCUCAGGGAGUGAGGUCCCCACGCGGGUCUGGUGCAGAAGCCGAAGCAGAGGGCUGGGAGGUAUUGUUCCCCCCUGUCACAGGGGAUGCACGCACCCGCCCGGCCCCUCCGUCCCUCCGCAGAAGGCAAAACUGCGUGACGAGGAGGCUGGAAAUGCCGAUAAAGCCCGGGCACGCUCUGCUCCGACCGCUGCUUGGCUUCUGGGCUCGCUGCGAGCGCUGCCCGCCGUGAGAUGCUAGAUGAAAACCACCACCUAAUACAAUGUAUUAUGGAUUACCAGAGCAAGGGGAAAACUGCAGAAUGUACUCAAUACCAACAAAUCUUGCACAGAAACCUCGUUUACUUGGCAACAAUAGCAGAUUCUAACCAGAAUAUGCAGUCCUUGCUUCCUGCUCCUCCAACGCAAAACAUAAACUUGGGCCCAGGAGGAAUGACUCAGAGUGCAUCCAACCAAUCUCUCCAUUCACAGAGCAAUCUCAGUGAUGCAAUUGGGACGGGCCUUCCUCCUUCCUCCCUCAUGCAGAGUCAGAUUAGCAAUGGUCCUAAUCACGUGUCUAUGCAGCAGUCAGGCCAGAACACUAUGCCCACAACCUCUCUGAGUAUGACUGUCAGCAGUCAUGGAACUGGGCCUGGUUAUAGCCAUACAGUGCCUGCAUCUCAGAAUGUGCCAAUGCAAGGCCAGGGGUCAAUAGGCAAUUAUGUCUCUCGAACAAACAUCAACAUGCAGUCUAAUCCAGUCUCCAUGAUGCACCAGCAAGCAGCAACGUCGCAUUACAACUCGGCGCAAGGAGGGAGCCAGCACUACCAGGGCCAGUCCUCCAUUGCCAUGAUGAGUCAGAGCAACCAGGGCAACAGUAUGAUGGGGCAGCGACCGAUGGGCCCCUACAGAGCUUCACAGCAAGGUUCCUCACAGCAGUACAUGGGUCAGGAAGAAUAUUACAGCGAACAGUACAGUCAUGGACAAGGCUCGUCAGAACCUAUGAAUCAGCAGUAUUAUCCAGAUGGACAUGGUGAUUAUGCCUAUCAGCAGUCAUCCUAUACAGAGCAGAGCUAUGACAGGUCAUUUGAUGACUCUACACAGCACUAUUAUGAAGGAGGAAAUUCUCAGUACAGCCAGCAGCAGGCAGGAUACCAACAGGGAGCUGCACAACAGCAAACAUAUUCCCAGCAGCAAUACCCGAAUCAACAAAGUUACCCAGGACAACAGCAAGGAUAUGGUCCUGCACAAGGAGCAUCUUCACAGUAUUCCAGCUACCAACAGGGACAGGGGCAGCAAUAUGGAAGUUACAGAACUUCUCAGACAGGACCAUCCGCUCAGCAACAGAGGCCUUAUGGCUACGAGCAGGGACAAUAUGGAAAUUAUCAGCAAUAAAAGAAUAUGAUCCUGUGUCAGAUUCAUUUCAAUAGUAUAUCCAUCUUUUGAACUGGAUGUACCGACAGUUUUGAUUAAUUGUAAUAUGUUGGUUACCCCUUAGCACAAAGCAGCGUCUGUAUGUGAACAGUGUUCAUUUCAUGCUGGAUAUGAAGCAGUGCACUACUGGUAACAAGACAAUGCUUUAAUGGUUUGAUAUUUGGUGCUGUGUAUAGUACUGUAUGUUGAUACAAUGCAGAAGUUUUUAAUUUCCCCCCCAUUCUUGAUGUUUCUAAAUAGCUUUAGGAUCAUUUGAUCACAGUUGUGCCCCGUUCUGGAAGACAGCCAGGCUGUUCGGCGUUCUGGCUAAAUACAAAGCCAUUCAGUCAUAUCUCAGCCCGGGGAAGUAUCCUACAGUAGGUCAUUGAUCUUUUUUUAAAUAAUUCCAUUACAGAUUACCUGCCAGCUGCUGAAAUCCAUGGCUCUUAACUUUACUUCUUAAGAAUAAUGGGGAGGUUACAUUCCUUAUGUGAAGACAGUUUCAUGCUAUAUGAUAAAAGUAAGACUAAUUGCAAUUUCUGCAAUACCUACCAGAGCGAACUACCCAAGUCUUAGAAUUCAGUAAUCUUCGUAAACCCAUGUUUUUAUUGUAAACGGUACAGAAAGAUGAUCAAAACCUAUAUUCAAAGAUACGUUAAUCACUAGGGCCACAUUUUAUAUAUGCAUAUCUAUAAACUAAGAUGUUUCUAUUAUGGAAAGAAAAAUAGAAGGGAGCUCUGAGAUCUACAGUGUCAGCCUACUAGAUGUCAAUAUUGCUUCUUAUUGUGCUUAGCUGAGAAAAACAUCUGGCAAAAUUCCGGUCUUAAAUAUGCUACUCCAGUUUUUAUAACUUGCUUAUAUACAUUUUCAUGCCAAAUUUCACAGGCAGGUGGCUGGCAUCCUCCUUUAUUUCUGAUUCUCCCAUAGCCCUUGCUCAGAUUUUCCAGCAAGCAUUAUAACCAUAAAUAUUGUCAAUUUUAUGGUUGACUGUUCUUACAGCUUACCAUCACAUUCAUUUUUCUCUUGUACCGUGACAGAAAUAGUUCAUAAGAAAAAAGAAAAAUCCUUUUUAUUUUUUUUCCCCCAAAAAGCAACUAAUUUCAGCUUUAAUUGUGAAACAAUAUACAUAUAGAGAGGAGAAUUGUUAAUGGGGUCAACCAGUGAGAAAAUACCUAUAGAGGGAGGUUUUAGAAAUAUGAACUAGUGGUAUGUAAAAGCCAGUAUAAACAAUUGAAGUCACUUCUGUUUUUAUAUGUCCUUAUAAAGUGUUGACUAAAGCACUUAUAAAGUGCUUAUAUAACUGCUGAAUGAAGUAACAUGUCUGAACUUCUCUGUGGCAAAAGGCUAGGAUGAUUAUAGUCCAUGAGCAAUUUUGAAUAGGAGAUUAACUGAAAAUUUACAAUAUAGAGUAAAUUUACCCUAUGUUGUAGGAUGUUCUCCUUUCAUUUGUCUAAACCGGUGUAUUUAUGGGAUUUUGAGUUUUGGUACUUCGUAUUUGGAAAAACCAAGACCACAAGUAAAAUAAAAAAACCUCUCACUUCAUUACUUUUUUUCCUGUAGAGGAAAAUCUUUUAACUGGACAGCUAAAGAUCAGUGUUGCUAUCAAAUGUGACAGCUAUCAAAUGUCCAAGCACUGCCCUUGCAACAUUAACAUUUUUAAUAACUGAUAAAACAGAAGAUAUUUCUGGUCAGUCCUCAUUUCUCUCAUCUUUCCUGCUGGUGUUUUCAUACAAAUAAGUACUCUCAAAUAUCAAGGAACGGAAAGGAAAUAAGAUCGUUUUCGUUACAAUAUGUUAAUAUUACAGGUAGCCAGAAGAAUGCAAUAUUGCUCUUUGCCAGCUUGGAAAUAUGCCUUUUUAUGUGGUUUUUGAAAGUGCUGAAAUACUUUUGAGAGAAUACGAUCAACACUUAAAAUGAAACAGCAACAUUACAUCAAUCUGAAAUGUCUUACAUUAAGAACUUCUUGAAUGUUGUGUAUAUAAUGUAUUUGAAAGAGCACUUUGGAAAUAGUUUGUACAUUUAUUUCCUAAUUUAUACAUGAUUUUGGUGUUAAUAUUUCUAAUUGUUAAUAACAAAACGUUUAUUUAAUGUGUUGUUCAUUUUUAUGUGUCAAUGUGGAAACAAAGUGAUGCCAGCAUUUUGACUUCUCCCAUUAACUGUAUCAUUUUCUGUUUUGUAAUACAGAAUGCUUGACAAUUGUUUAGGUUAAAAAUUAUCUGGAAAUGAAGUUGGUGGUGCUUUUCUUACGACACAGACUUUUUGAGUGGAAACAACAAAGGGAGAUGCCUUGGGGUCGCACCCACUAGGUGCGCCCAGAGGUUGUCCCAGCUCCAAUGCUGAGGGCGAUGGGUGGGUGCCUAAUUAAAGCCCAAUUAACGAUGCGUGAGGCGAGGCGAGGCGGCUGACAGACUCAAGGGGACCCCCGAGGCAGACAGCGACGCCCGGCGGCACCCUCACGGGCGUGAGGUCGGUGUCGCGGGCUUGUUGUGAGAGCAGCGGCCUCCGAGGCGGGGCUGAGGGGAGGUGGCGGGCGGCACCUUCCCGCCCUUCCCC